UGUUCACGCAUUGACACCGCUCCCUCGAUUGUUUCUGACUGUCAUCACACAUCUCAUACCUGUAAAAAGCCUGCGUUUAGAUAGAAGAUCGGGUUUCAACGGGAGGUUGCUCUCUUGAUUUUAGGGUAUUUUAUUUUCUUGCGUGCGAGGAGGAAAGGGGGUGUGACGCUAGCGGACUAGCUAGCUAACGUUACAACUCUUAACGCUUUUAAGUUGUAUGUUUUUAUAUUCCGUGGCGUUUUCUUAGAUUUCCACAUAAUUAGCAGGUUAGCUACUGCGUUUCGGAUUGGAAUACCACACCAUCAAAAGGCUCAGUGGAUACGAUUAGCGAACCACGCCGUGAGUUUUGCUCCUCGGCCACUGAGGCAGAACAAUUAAGGUUAGAGCCGGCUAGCUGCCUUAGGCUUCGCUAUUACGAGCAAGCUGUUUUCAGACACAUUUUGAAUAAGGUAACAAUUCACCAGAGUCGGGCAUGGGUCUUCUCUUCGCCAAGCUAAUGACUAUUUUCGGAGACCGAGGUAAGACCUGUUUUCGUUUUGUGUUCCCUCGCUACACCAUCACAGCGUCUCCAGCUAGCGAAUGGGAUAAGGAGAGCUGACCUACCUACCUGAUUACACUAAGGUAGUCAGUUUAAAGUGUUCGCGAUAGGCAGUAUGUGUUUGAGUGAAUCGCUGUCCUAAUUUUAGUGUGAGUACUUACUAGCGGGUAUCAGACUCACUACAUAAAGUGGCAGAUGCUCCCAAACUACUGUUUUAUCGUAAUAACAGCUAGCUAGUUGGCAACUAUAAAUGUUGAAUAUUACGUAACUAGCUAUGCAGCGAGUACUGUCUUGCUAAAACUAUGUAGCAAAGCAUAGCAUGAGCUGAUAUGCACCGUGAGAAGUCAUUCAGUGACCUUACUACACACUUAAGAUGUGUAUCAGUGUAUACAGUUUGAGUUCGCUACAGGUGAAACAAGAAAAUUUGAAAAAAUAGUUUGGAGAUCAUUUUGGUAACUUGAAUAUCUAACUAGCCAUGUAGUUAAACGUGUUAGAAGACUAAUCUAAUUAGUCUUAGAUUUCCGCUGCCGGAUGCAUAUCUGAAAGAAUUUAACAGCAAGCCGAUUCAGUCAACGAAAUGGCUACAGCUGUUGUUGUUAUUAUAAUGAAUGGAAUUAGUAGGAUCUGUUGGUGGGACAUUUGAUCUGGCUUUGAAGUGUCCGGUAGUUAGCUAGGACUUUUAUAUGUCAACAAUGUGUCAAACAAAGCAGGCCAUGACUUUCAGAUGUACCGCGUUGUUGAGGGGUCAUUAAUAUGAAAAGGUGUGAGUAGGCAAACCCCUACUCCCCUGUCAUAACUCUAGCCAGACAGUGGGAUUAAAAUCAAAAUGCAUAAAAAGUAAAUGGAAGGAAAGCAUCUUAACAUUUAAUGAUAGAUGUUCAGUAACAACCAGAGUUAAAAACUCAAGUAAUAUACAUUUUAAAAAUUGUUCUUAUAGUGGCCAUAUGAUACAAUACUUCGAUUGGCAGUGCUUUCAGAUUUUAUAAUGAGGAUAUAGGUACUCAGAUUGUUCUGUCCACCAUCCACACAGAUGUUGUGAGGAUAGCAGUGUCAGUCUCUAAGUGUACAGACUGUGGUGCUUCUGUUAUUGUAAUCAUACAUUAGCCUUUUCCAGACAUAGGCAGCAGGCUGUUUUAUAGCUACUCGGUGGGUCUGUGGUCAAGGGUCAUAGUGGCGUGGUGACCUCUGCCCAAGGCUCACCUGCAGGCAUUGGCUACACAAGGCUGAACACUCACAGCAGCAGAGAAUUUCUGUACAUUUAGACUGCUAUCAUGACGCUGGCAUUUUCCUUUUGCAUCCUUAUUCCCCCAGUGCUCCUUGUGGAAACAGGUCUGGGGUUUUUAUCUAUGGUCUCCAGAAAGGAGGGAGAGCCAUGCACUCUGGGAUUGGUAUGUACUGUUUCCCGUGGGUCCUUCUCAUCUGUGUCUGUGUUCACAUCCGCCCUCCUUUUCACAGAACACAAAGUCAUCAUCGUGGGACUGGACAACGCAGGGAAGACCACCAUCCUCUACCAGUUCCUGACGAAGGAGGCUGUGCACACUUCCCCCACCAUUGGCAGCAACGUGGAGGAGAUCUCCGUGCGCAAGACCCGCUUCCUGGUUUGGGACAUAGGAGGGCAGGAAAGCCUGAGAGCCAGCUGGAACUCCUAUUAUUGCAACACUGAGAUUGUGAUCCUGGUGGUGGACAGCACUGAUCGGGAGCGCCUCACAUUGACCAGAGAGGAGCUGCACCGCAUGCUGGCUCAUGAGGACCUGCAGAACGCGGCAGUGCUGGUUCUGGCUAACAAGCAGGACAUGAAGGACUCCAUGACGGCAGCAGAGAUCUCGCAGUGCCUGACCCUCAGCUCCAUCACCGGCCACUCCUGGCAUGUGCAGGCCUGCUGCGCCCUCACCGGGGAGGGCCUCCCAGCCAGUCUGGACUGGAUGAGAUCCCGUGUUUUGGCCAGCUAAGACCCUCCUGUCAGCCUGUCCAGAUGCGCACGGGGUUUGCCGGAACUUCUUUCCCCAGCCUCCAGACACACGCUCAGAAAACGCCACUGGAGCCACAAAACAGUUACCAGGAACAAGGGAUGCCACACUGUCCACUUCUUAGACCCUGAGUGUCAGCUGAACCCAAGACACUCGCUCUGGUUUGUUUCAACGGGGAGGCUUGAGGAAGGACUGUUGGGAGGUCCUGUUCGUCAGCCAUCUUGACCAUACCUGUGUGUGUCUUCAUACUGUAAACCCACAUCCAAACAGCCUUAUGGUUGUGGGGCUGCACGCGCAGCGACGGACAUGCCUUAGUGAUACCGAUGUGCUCCCCUGGAACUGAUCCAGACUGUAUUGUGAUGUGCAGUGUGUCUUAACCUGUAAGCCAACAACCACCCAGAUGUUAAGCUCAUUUGGAUACUCUUGUUAAGCUGCUCUUUGGUAUUUGACUGAACCUCAAGUGUUACUGAUGCACAACUGUUGCUUCAGACCCAUCUGAGUGACUCUGUGGGACAGAGCACUUUUGAUUCUGAUUGGUGCUCUCUCUCUCAGGUCUUGAAGCUAGUGAUGAAUAUUUACUUGAACUAUUUAUAACAAAAGAAAGCAAACUGAAUGUCUGUCAUUUGAUACUGUACUUGUGGCAGCAUGCUGUAAAAAUCUGUAAUAUACUGGUGUUGUAUUUUUGAAC